AUGGCGAACCCAGGCCUUGGCCUAACCUCUAUUAUUUUAUUUAUUAUGAUUCUUAUUAGUGUUAUCAUUUUUAUUAUUGAUAUUUUGCUUCAAUGGAAAUGGUAUGUGAGCACCAGAAAACACUGUCAGGAGAAUCCUGACAGAAGGAUUGAGAAGGGUGUACACUCACCUGACAGAUGGAUUGAGAAGAGUGUACACUCUGUGCGAGAGUUUCUAUAUGAUGAACUUGUAGCCGCAACUGGGAACUUCAGUAAUGUCAUUGGAGAGGGUGGUUCCGGGAAAGUCUACAAAGGCACUCUGUCAAACACAGAUAAAAUGGUGGCUGUUAAAAGGAUAAAAUCAAAUUCUGACCAAGGCAAGAAAGAGUUCGAGUCAGAAGUUAUCAUAAACAGUAACAUUUUACACCGUAACCUUGUUAAAUUUCUGGGAUGGUGCCACCAGAAGGACGAUUUCUAUCUCGUCUACGAAUAUCUCUGUGGAAACAGUCUCGACAAAUAUAUUUUGGGUAAGCCAAGAAGUGUACUAUGCUGGGUAAACAGAUACAGAAUAGCCUGUAACAUAGCUUCUGUUCUCCAUUAUCUUCACGAGAAUUGCCCAGAGACAAUUCUGCAUAGAGAUAUCAAGGCCGCUAACGUGAUGUUGGAUUCAGAUCUCACAGCCAAGCUGGGGGAUUUCGGUCUAGCGAGAAAGCUGAAACCUGGAAAGGAAGAGCAUACCACAUGUCAAGCCGGUUCAUUUGGAUAUAUGGCUCCGGAAAUCUUGCAAACCGGAAAGGCCACUCGAGAAUCAGACGUGUACAGCUUUGGAGCACUCGCUCUUGCAAUUGCCUGCGGAAAGCAACCGGCAGACAUGAGCACAGAUAACCCUGGUUGCAGUUUGGUAAAGUCGGUUUGGCAGUGCAAGAGAGGUGGGAGAAUAGUAGAUGCGGCCGAUGAAAAACUCAAGGGAAUUUUCAUUGUUGAGGAAAUGGAGCGGCUUAUGUCGGUGGGCUUGUUGUGUUGUCAUCCUGAACCAACAGAAAGACCAACGAUCGAAAAAGUGAUGGCCAUGUUGAAAACAAAUGAAAAAUUGCCCCCUAUUCCUGAUGAUCUAUAUGGUAAGCCUCUUCAACUUGAAUUAGGCUCGUCGUCGGUAGGGUCCUCGGACGGAAGUAUUUCAUGGUUAUCCUCAACUUCUUCCCAUUCGAAUGUAACACAGUAG